CCGUUGCCUACGUCACUUCCGGCUUGUACGACUCAAGGCUGUACCUAUAUCCAACCACCUCCGAAAGAGUUGACGAGGGAUUACUUUGCCCUUUUCGGAUUACCUGGCCUACCAAAAAGGGGUGAAGAUGCAAAGGGCGAUACGAAUGCUCGUAAUGCGUUCCACAUCGAUCCCAAAACCCUUCGGGAUCGGUUUUUGAGGAUUCAAAAGGUUUCUCACCCCGAUAGAUGGGCACGACACGGAGAGGAGGCGACAGAAGCUGCUGUUAGCCAAUCCGCUCUCGCUACAAAAGCUUACCAAACCCUGCUCUCUCCUCGGUUGCGAGGCGAAUACAUCCUCUCGCUAAAUGAUAUAUAUAUCAAUGAAGCGGACACAAUGGAGCAGGAGCAAGAAUUAAUUAUGGAGGUGAUGGAAGCCCGAGAAGAACUUGAAGAAGCCGAAGGAGAAGAGGUUUCGAAACUGCUAAGGCAAAAUGAAGCAUCUGUGACUGAGCAUACAAAAUUAGAGAGGACGGAAAAGUUGACCAUGGAGUUGGAAAACGCCAUUGCAAGCGAGGACUGGCUAGAGGCAAAGGGACUAGUCAUUCAACUCAAGUACUGGGAGUCAUUCCGACGGGCAGGAGAGGGCCAAGAUGUUGAUCAUUGA